AUGUUUCGUUUAGGAAGAGUUUUGCAACAUGCCACCAGUAAGGCACCUACUGUGUUUGGUGCAAAAGUAUACCAACCUACCAACAACAGCAUGGCUUCAUUGAUCUCUCGCUUCAGUCAAAUGCGCACUUACACUAGCAGCAACAAACCCCCUGUGGAAAGUCCUAGCUUUUUGACAGGUUUCAAUACACAAGGCAAUGCCAUGAACAGCAUCAAGUCUUCCGCUUCACCUUCUAGCCAAUUCAAGACAAAGAAGCCCACAACACCUGGUAAACGUUGGUUGAAGCGUGUGCCUCGUGAUCAUCUCUACAAGGGUAAAGCAGUUCGUAGUUUGACUGUGGCUAAACGCAGCUCUGGUGGUCGUAACAACACAGGUCGCAUCACUAUCCGUCACCGCGGUGGAGGACACAAGAGACGUAUUCGUGUGUUGGAUUGGCACCGUCAAGAAGCAGGCUCACAAACUGUGAUGCGACUCGAACAUGACCCUGGACGUACUGCAUGGAUCGCCUUAUUAAAGAAUGACACUACUGGAAAACUGAGCUACAUCAUCGCUCCUCACGGCAUCAAAGCUGGCGACAAAGUGACAUCUUACAGACAACAACAACAAGAAGAGCAGAGCCCCGAGGAUCCUGUGAUCACUCGUACAGUCGCAGUGGAUGCUGGUAAUUGUAUGCCUUUGAAGAUGAUUCCGGUCGGCACCAUUUUGCACAACAUUGGUUUGAAGCGCAAUGGACCUGCAGUCAUGGCAAGAGCAGCUGGUGCUUAUGCUCAAUUGAUCCAAACUGGAGAAACUGGUUACGCUCAAGUUCGUUUGUCCAGCGGUGAAGUUCGUUUAGUACCUGUGGAUGCAUGUGCUACUAUUGGUGCUGUCAGUAACCCUGAUCAUCAGCAUGAAAUGCUUGGUAAGGCUGGUAGAUCAAGAUGGCUUGGUAUUCGUCCCACAGUUCGUGGUAUGGCUAUGAAUGCUUGCGACCAUCCUCACGGUGGUGGUAGAGGUAAAUCAAAGGGUAACAAAGACCCUAGAUCUCCUUGGGGUGUAUUGGCAAAGGGUGGUAAGACCAGAAAGACACCUAAUCAAUUCGUGGUCAAGCCUAGACCAAGACGAUAA